CGUCGCGGUGUCUGGCAGCAGCCGCGGCGGGUUUGACAGAAGGACUGGGAUGUAGUUCCGGUUGGCGGUGGCGGAGGGAUCCCUGCGGCCAGUGGUAGCAGAGGCUGUGAGGGAGCUCUGGGACGGCAGACAUGGUGUCGGUUUCCAUCCGCGAACAGGGCUGACAGCCAGCGGGAACCAUGAAGAGGCUGCGCCAGGAGAAACCGCAGCACGCCGCGAGCACCGGGGACGGACACCGGAGGAGGACGGUGGGAGGCGAGGAGCGGGCAACCGGCGGCAAGGAGCAGGAUGUUGUUCCUUCUCCUGCUCCUCUGCUCUUUAGAAAAUUGAGCAAUCCUGAUCUGCUCUCCUCCACUGGAAAGGUGAAAUUGCAUCGUCAGCUGAGCCAGGACGACUGUAAGCUUCGUAGAGGAAGUCUAACCAGUUCACUUGCAGGAAAACAAUUGCUUCCCCUGUCGAACAGUGCACACAGCGGAGUUGGUCAGCUGACAUGGCAGCCAUCUGCAGAAUCAUCAAAUUUAGUCCGAAUGCGAAACCAAUGUCUUGGACAGUCCGCACCUUCUCUGACUGCAGGCUUGAAGGAACUAAGCCUCCCCAGAAGAGGAAGUUUCUGCCGCAGUAGUAAUCGAAAGAGCUUGAUUGUAGCUUCCAGCACAUCUCCCACCUUACCCCGACCUCACUCACCUCUACAUGGACAUACAGGUAACAGUCCAUUGGAUAGUCCUCGAAACUUCUCUCCAAAUGCUGCUGCCCACUUUUCCUUUGUUCCUGCACGGAGCCAUGGACACAGAGCCGACAGGACUGACGGCCGGCGCUGGUCCCUGGCAUCCCUGCCCUCUUCUGGAUAUGGAACCAACACUCCCAGUUCCACUGUUUCAUCAUCAUGCUCAUCCCAGGAGAAGCUGCACCAACUGCCUUACCAACCAACGCAGGACGAGCUCCAUUUCCUGACCAAGCACUUCAGCACCGAGAGCAUCACCGAUGAGGACGGACGUCAUUCACCAGCCAUGCGACCUCGAUCUCGAAGCCUCAGCCCUGGCCGUUCACCCAUUUCAUACGAUGGGGAGAUUGUAAUGAUGAAUCAUGUGUACAAAGAAAGAUUCCCAAAGGCUACUGCGCAGAUGGAGGACCGGCUAGCAGAUUUCAUCACCUCCAAUGCUCCGGAGAAUGUGCUGCCAUUAGCAGACGGCAUCCUGAGCUUCAUUCAUCACCAAGUGAUUGAGCUGGCGAGGGACUGUCUGGGCAAAUCUCGAGAUGGACUAAUCACUUCCCGCUACUUUUAUGAACUUCAGGAGAACCUGGAGAAACUCCUGCAGGAUGCUCAUGAGCGGUCGGAAAGCUCUGAAGUUGCCUUUGUCACCCAACUGAUCAAAAAGUUGAUGAUCAUCAUUGCUCGACCAGCACGACUCCUUGAGUGUUUGGAAUUUGAUCCCGAAGAAUUCUACCAUCUGUUAGAAGCUGCUGAAGGCCAUGCCAAAGAAGGGGGAGGAAUUAAAUCGGAUAUCCCCCGUUAUAUCAUCAGCCAGCUGGGACUCACCAGAGAUCCCUUGGAGGAAAUGGCCCAGUUGAACAGCUAUGACAGCAGCAGCACAGAUACCCCCGAAACAGACGAUUCAGUGGAGAAUCGCAGCGGAGCUCUAAUUCAACCAAAGAAAACCCCUUCAGAAGAGGAGUUUGAGAACAUGAAACUGAUCAGCAAUGGAGCAUACGGAGCUGUGUAUUUAGUGCGGCACAAGGGAACCCGUCAACGAUUUGCAAUGAAGAAGAUAAACAAGCAGAAUUUAAUUCUAAGGAAUCAGAUCCAGCAGGCCUUUGUGGAGAGAGACAUUCUCACCUUUGCCGAAAACCCAUUUGUAGUUAGCAUGUUCUGCUCCUUUGAGACAAAACGUCAUCUCUGUAUGGUCAUGGAAUAUGUGGAAGGUGGGGAUUGUGCAACAUUAUUAAAGAAUAUCGGUGCUCUUCCAGUGGAAAUGGCAAGGAUGUAUUUUGCAGAAACUGUUCUGGCUCUGGAAUACCUCCAUAACUAUGGCAUUGUCCACCGGGAUCUCAAACCAGAUAACCUUUUGAUCACCUCAAUGGGUCAUAUUAAACUGACAGAUUUUGGACUCUCGAAAAUUGGGCUCAUGAGUCUAACCACAAAUCUGUAUGAGGGACACAUUGAGAAAGACACAAGGGAAUUCCUGGAUAAACAGCUGUGUGGAACCCCAGAAUACAUUGCUCCAGAGGUGAUCCUAAGACAAGGAUAUGGAAAACCUGUGGACUGGUGGGCGAUGGGUGUUAUUCUUUAUGAAUUUCUAGUAGGCUGUGUCCCUUUUUUUGGGGACACUCCGGAGGAGCUGUUUGGACAGGUUAUCAGUGAUGAAAUCGCCUGGCCAGAUGGUGAAGAAGCUUUGCCCGCUGAUGCCCAAGAUCUCAUUUAUAAACUUUUGCGGCAAAACCCUCUGGAGCGUAUGGGAACAGGUGGUACCUAUGAGGUUAAGCAGCACCGGUUCUUUAAAGAUCUGGACUGGAAUGGUUUGCUGCGUCAGAAAGCGGAGUUUAUUCCUCAGCUGGAGUCUGAGGAUGAUACCAGUUACUUUGACACUCGCUCUGAGCGAUAUCAGCACAUGGAUUCCGAAGAGGAAGACGAUACAAAUGAUGAAGAACGAGUAGAAAUCAGACAAUUUUCCUCCUGUUCUCCUCGAUAUAGCAAGGUUUAUAGCAGCAUGGAACGUCUUUCUGUUCAUGAAGAGAAAACCCCACCACCCACAAAGCGCAGUCUGAGUGAAGAGAAGGAAGACAAGCUGGACAGCCUAGGGGGCCUGAAGAAUAGAGAUCGAGGUUGGGUCAUAGGAUCUCCUGAAAUUCUCCGGAAACGCCUGUCUGCUUCAGAGUCUUCGCACACUGAGAGUGACUCUAGUCCUCCUUUGACAGUAAGGCGGCGCUGUUCGGCCCUGGUAGAUAUGCCUCGAUUUGCCAUUUCCACCGAAGAGGAGCUGCGUUCCCAGAAAAAGCAGCACCAUUCUCAGCAGCAAUCUGUAUCCACACCGACUCUGCAGCCUCGGGAAGGAAUCGGCCUUUCUAUCCUUCAGCAGCCAGUGGAGCGGGAGCUGAAACUGGAUGAUGGGGUCUUGCUGUCCACACCAUCUCCAACCAUUAGCAACAUUAGCAGCACUUCUACCCUGACCGCUGGCAGCCCGGCAGACCUCUAUGAUCAGAGCGCUAACAGUAUUGGCACAGAAGGGGCGGAUUUCAACACUCCAAAAGCCAUCAGCGAUUUGGCAGUCAGGAGAGCCAGACACAGGCUGCUCUCUGGGGACUCGGCUGAAAAACGUACUUCCAAACCAGUCAAUAAAGUCAUCAAGUCUGCUUCCGCCACAGCUCUCUCCUUGAUGAUUCCCUCCGACCAUCAUACGUGUUCACCUUUAGCCAGUCCAAUGUCCCCACACUCCCUGUCCUCUAACCCAUCGUCGCGGGACUCGUCCCCAAGCAGGGAUUUCUCCCCUGCCAUCACCCACCUCAAGCCUCCAAUCAUCAUACACCGCGCUGGAAAAAAGUACGGCUUCACUCUGCGAGCUAUUCGUGUGUAUAUGGGAGAAUCUGACGUCUACACUGUCCAUCACAUGGUGUGGCAUGUGGAAGCAGAUGGUCCGGCUCAGGAAGCAGGCCUUAGAGAAGGGGAUUUAAUCACACAUGUGAAUGGGGAACCAGUGCAUGGACUGGUUCAUACAGAGGUUGUGGAGCUAAUUCUCAAGAGUGGUAACAAGGUCUCUAUAUCUACCACUCCAUUUGAGAAUACUACCAUCAAAGUUGGCCCAGCACGGAAACAAAGCUACAAGUCUAAAAUGGCUCGGAGGAACAAAAUUAGUAAAAGCAAGGAUGGUCAAGAAAGCAAGAAGAAAUGUUCUUUAUUCAGGAAGAUAACCAAACAAGCUUCUCUGCUUCACACCAGCCGCAGUCUGUCCUCCCUCAACCGAUCAUUGUCCUCCGGAGAGAGUGUCCCAGGAUCUCCAACACAUGUCCUUUCCCCUCGUUCACCAACACAGAGUUACAGGUCAACCCCAGAAUCUUCCCACUCUGUUGGUGGGAAUUCCUCUCAGAGCAGUUCUCCGGGUUCCAGCGUCCCCAACUCACCAGCCAGCUCUGGACAUAUACGGCCUAGUUCUCUGCACGGCUUGGCCCCAAAACUUCAAAGGCAGUACAGGUCUCCACGGAAACAGCCUACAGGCAAUAUCCCACUUUCCCCUUUGGCUCAUACUCCUUCACCAACAUCCCAGUCCACUUCACCUCAGCGCUCUCCUUCACCUUUACCUGGGCAUGCUCUUGGUAACUCUAAUCUUUUACAGUCCUUUCCUAGCAAGCUGCAUUCUUCCCCGCCUCUUGUCAGGCAGAUUUCACGACCAAAGAGUGCAGAGCCCCCGAGGUCUCCACUGCUAAAACGGGUCCAGUCUGCUGAGAAAUUAUCUGGGUCCCUCUCCUCCGAGAAGAAGCUGGCUUCCUCUCGAAAACACAGCCUGGACAUCUCUCACUCAGAAUUUAAGAAAGAAAUGUUGCAGAGAGACCUGAGCUUGCCAGCUUUCAUGAUUGAAAACGUGGGUGGAAAGGUUGGUCUUGCAGAAAAAGGGACUCUGCAGAAGCCAUCCUCAAGGAAGCUUGGAGCCAUUCGUCAAGACCGGGUAGAGAGGAGAGAAUCCUUGCAAAAGCAAGAAGCAAUUCGAGAAGUGGAUUCUUCUGAGGAUGAAACUGAUGAAGGCUCGGAGGAUAGUCAAGAUGGAAGGAGGUUAGAUCGGUCAUCAGGUAGAAAUGACCAUGAUUCAGGUUCUGGCUUAAGUGAUGAAAAAGAUUCCUGCCAAAUGCAGAGUAAGAGCAGUACUGAGGAUGAUCAAUUCCACCCUCAAAAUCCAAAGAGCAAAAGCGAACGGGGAGUGCCUUCUUUGCAGGCUUCUGAGAACACGUCCCAAAAGUUCCCAAGCAAAGCUGGAGUUUUGUCAACUUAUAAAUUUAAAACACUCCCAGAAGCCUGCCUGCAGUCAGACGCUCAGAGCAAAACGCUAAAGCACAAAGCAUGCUUAGGAGGUGAGGAUAUAAACCUGCUGCUAGGGGAUAAACCACUUCUAGGAUCAAGUCUGGAAAACCAAUGCAACAAUGGACAGCACAGUCAGAAAAGCCUAGUGAUUCAAAAAGAACUUGACCACCCCAUAGUUAACAGUGCAGUCCCACCAAGUGUAGCUUUUCAUGUUAGUCAUUUGAAGAGUUUGGAGGUGUCUAACGAUAUGGCUGCUGAGGAGGACUUGAGACCACCAGCACUUUCCCUAACCGACUCACCUUUGAAGGCUACUUUAAGAUCUGAUGCAAUGAAUUUCCCUGCUUCAAAUACCUGUUUAUCGGUUGGUUCUGCAUCAGAAGUUAACGUGCAAUAUGUGUCCACUGCAAUGGAGCACAAACCGCAGACCGUUCCUGAUAAGCAAUGCACUUUAAAAAGCAAGGGUCAUUCGGACUUUAAAGAGCCAAUCUUGUGCAGUCCAACAGGGACAGCAAGCACCGCCAACACUGUGCCCAGUGAUAAAGCACUGUUUGUAUCGCACGUAGCCACUGUGGCCAAAAGUGUCUUGGGGCCAGUGAAGCUCAGCAUGCCGGGAUCAAAAGAUUCAGAUGACCAAAUAAGUAGAAUAGAAAGAAAUCCAAAGCAUAAAAAGUCUGAAAUUUUGCGGUCUGAAUCUGUGCAAGAAAGCAUGAAGUCCAUUUCCAAGGACAUCAUAUUUAGGACAUGUGCCUCACUCAGCGAGUGCACAGUUUCUGCUCCUUCCCAACAACUUGACUGGUCCAGUUUUCCUAAAGGUUUGGGACCUUCUAAAGAGAGUGAUGUAUUACAUCCUAGGAGUGUUGAGCAGGCCUCUGAUCGCACACUUGCUGUAGAGCAGCGUACAACAAGAUCUCCAUCACUUAACGAGGUCAGCCACACACUGCGGAAAGAGGGGACGGGGAACCGCACACAAUCACAGGACUGUCUGUCAUCACAUGCAGAUACAUUCAAAGAAACAUAGCAUAGUCCUUUGUUUAUUUAUGGACUUUGUUGAUAUGUGUUCCACAAGUGUGGAGACGUUGUAUAUAUCUGUAUAGCCUUUCAUAGCUUUCCUGCUAGUGUGCUUUUCAUGUUCCCAUCUCUCCUCCAUAUUGCAACCUUUUGAGUGACUGAGGAAAGCUCUGAAAUGUGUACUUGCCCCUCUUGAUAUUCCAGAGGGUUAAAACGAAUCACUCUGCCAUUGUCACUUGACCGGUCAUGUGAUGCAGUCACCCUGGAAGAGAAGGGUUAAUAUGAAGUGAUGCACAGUCACAAACAGGGUAUCCUUAUAAUGCAGGUUUGUUGUAUUUGCUAACUGUGUGUUAACAAAUCACAGUUCUAAGAAUGAGUUAGUCCUGAUGAUAUGCAUCAGAUAUGCUUACUAUGUCACAGACUUGCCAUUUCAAAAUCUUCCAAAACUGUUACAUACAUUUCAGGUUAGGGUUUUUUGUUCAAUUUUUUUUCCAACAAAAUUAUUUGAAUUAAACAGUUCCUUAUUUAGAGUGGAAACCUUAAUUUAUACUUUAGUUCCAUACACACCCAUUAAUGGCGACGUGAAGUACAAAUGCCGUAAACCCUUAUAUGUUAGAAGGAAGCAGAGAAAUGUUAGCCCUUUUUAAAAAUCUAUUUUUAUUUUCCUUUUUGUUUCCCCUAUCUAUAUUUAGAGCUGGGAGUACAUAUAUAUGUGAUAUAUAUGACAAUCUGACAGGAAGGCUACUAUAGAUGGAAGAUUUGAGUCUAAAAAUAAUGAGCACUAUAUGAACCAAACACUUUAGCAAUCGUUCUUCCUUUCCCAACAUUGUAGCUAUGAUCUGAAAACCAUCCCUUUUUCCUCCCAUUCUGAUUUGGGGUGAAACAGCUGUCCAGUGCUGGUCUCUCCUGUUUUUAACAUGUAUUUUUAUAAUGUACGGUGUGUUUGGCAUGUUUACAGGUUUAUUGGUCUUAGGUGAAAUGUGCAGUAGAAAAAGUGAUAGAGCGUAACUGCUUGAAGAUGUUAUCAAGGCCCAAAAAUGAAACCACAAAACAUGGCAUAUUAUCAAAUUAUUUUCUGAUCCGUACACUGGCAAAAAAAAAAUACAAUGUAGGGUUUUAAAUUAAAAGAACAAUCCUGGGGAAAGUUCCUGAUGAGGAGUAAACUUUUGGUAGCUUUACUUUUGAGAAAUAAUUUUCCUAACAUACCCUUUGCCCGUGCUCUUCUGCAUUAACCCAUCAAGCUCCAUGGAGAUGACCAAAGAAUUGCCUCAACAUAAUGGAUUAAAUACAUCACUGUCAGCUCCUCAAUAUUGAGAAAAUCAUUCUAGAUAAGUCUGUCUCGUUCAUACAUAUACUGUUGCGUGCCGAAUAAUAUUUGCUGUAUUCAGACAUAUAAACGAGUAGGGAAUAAUAUUGUGUUAGUCUCAAAUACCCUUUUUAAAAAACUUUUGUUGUAGACCUCUGUUUACAAACAAUAAAGCGUAUGUAUAGACUGUAUUUAAAAACAUGUUAGGCAACUGGUAACCAUUAUGAAACUAAACUUUAUUUGAAUGCAAUACUAUGUUUACUGCACAGUUCUUUAUGUCUUCUUGGGAUCUUCAGACUGUUUAAUGCAAUAAUUUUAUCAACCCAAGCUGGGGCUGCAGGAAAGUCCAUAGUUUAUAAUCUUUCCUUCCUGUAGUGUGUGUAAGAACACGAAUUGACUAAUUGUGUAUUCUGUUCAACCUAAUAACGCUCCAAAACGGACACCCGUCUACUUUAGAACAUUUCUCAAAUUCACAGGAAACGCAGAUUAACAUCUAUAUCGAAAAGUUGCAUUGAUUAUUUUUUUCCCUCUGACGCAAUAAAAUAAAAAAUGUAUUUAAUUUGUGUACUUAACAAAGUUGGUUUGAAUAAUAGCUAGUAGAUUGUCUUUAAAGCCAAACCAUACUCUGUUGUAGUGGACUGUGAGUCAUUUUCCUACUCUAAUGUACGAAUAUUGUAUGCUCCUCUGGUCCCCCCUCCUGACCCCUCCCAAUAUUUCUCCAAUGGGCCCUUAGUAUUGCGUUGGGUUUUAGAAGACUUGAAAAUCUCAUUUUCUGGACCAACCGCUAACUUUUUUUUUUUCUUUAUCUGCAAUGGCAAGAAAAAGAAAAUAUUCCUGUUUACGCAAUGGUGUGUACGUUUACUGUGAAAAUAUGGUGUGCACUCGUCAGACAAGGAUUGGGGCAGAAAAAUACCUGUUUUGAUCCUCAGUCCCGCAGUGCACCUAGGCAGUUUGUGUCUGAUGUGAAGGUACUUGGUUGCUUUUUUGUUUGUUUUUUUUAUACUUUGAAAACUAGCUAGUUUAAAUCCUCGCAGGUGUAAAGAUUACACGUGAAUGACAGCAGUGUGUUUGGAUUUUUUUUUCCUUUUCUUUUUAAAUUUCAUACAAAAUAGAAAGAAACAAGUCUUUAUUCUAUGACAGGAAAAAGAAAAAAUAACAGAGCAAACAGAGUCUGAGAACUGCUCCGUUGGGAUUGAAAGUGUUGUUGGGAAUUGUUUUUGUUUGUAUGACUGCUAAAAAAAAAAAAAAUGCGGUUUGUUGUGGUUUUUAAUAUCACCCACGACAUUCAAUAAACAGAUUUUGCUUCUGUGAG